AUGGGGUUUGGUGAGCAGAGAACGAGUCUGGACUCGAACGACCACGAUACCAUGGAGCUCGGCGAGCAAGGGACUAGGCUACUAGAUGACCACGAGAGACUCGAUUUCGCCGACAACGAACAGGAUUUGGAUCAUAAUGCUUUCUCGAACGGCAAAUUCAAAGAAACGCAGCGGAUAGGUUGGCUCAAACGGAACCGGCGAGACUCAUAUUUGCGAGACCUGGUGGUCGCCGUCGUUGUCGGUGUACUCUGUGGCGCCUUGGGAUAUACAGUCGGGUUCUGGACAGAAAGGAGUCCUGGGAGAGCGCUGCGGCCAGAUGUCAAUAUCGUUCCUCUCCGUGUUUUGGUCGCUGGCGACUCCAUAUCACAAGGUCUCGAGUCGAUGCACACAUGGCGCUAUCGACUCUGGGAGUGGUUCCAGGCGAACAAUGUUCCCGUCACGUUCGUUGGUCCAUUCCGUCAAACGCGACUCCAGCCACUGGAUCUGUCCGUAGGAGUUCCCUUGCCAGCUCCUCGUAAUAGCGAUGAACUCAACGGGCCUAACGCUAUGGACCAUGGCUAUGCGUUCGAUGUCGAGCCCGAGUUCCUUCGCACCGGGAGCGCUCACUUCUCCAUCUGGGGUCGAGAAGUCGCGCAGAAUAUCGAUAUCAUCAGUCGACAAAUCCAGGAGUACCGUCCGGACUAUUUACUUAUCGAGCUUGGAUUCAACGAUCUCGCGUGGGGAUCGCGUCAACCUGAUGAAGCAGUACUUCUCAUGGAGCAGUUUAUAGGGAAAGCGCGAGAGAUGAGCCCGGAACUUCGUUUCGCCGUGGCGAACGUCCCACAACGGAGUAAAGUAGGAGAUCUUGACAUUCGAACAGGACAGUAUAAUGAGAAAUUGCGGGAAGCAAUUCCCAAGUGGUCGCGGCCUGGUUCGCCGGUGGAGUUGGUCGAAUUUAUGGAAGCAUAUUCAUGCGGUCAAACGAACUGCCCAGCCGCUUUAGACGGAAUUCACCCCAAUAGCCAAGGAGAAUUCGAGAUUGCACAUGCAUUUAGCAAAACGUUAUACCAUAAUUUCGGAAUAGGACAGCAGCCGCUUGCGCUUCCAGUCGAGUUCCCCAAUCGAACUUGUGCAACUCCUGCGGGUGUGGCGAUUUAUCCUAGCCAAGAACGUACCCGAUUCGCUUGGGACUUUGUGUAUGGCGCGUAUGGCUAUGAGGUUCAAGCGCGGCAGGAAGGCGUCGCGUGGGUAAUGGAUGCUGCGAACUUUACGCAAGAACGACAUUUAGAUGCUUCUUGGAUGAGUGAGGGAACUGCGUCGGAGUUUAGAGUGAGAUCGUAUUGCGAGUCCACUGUCAAAUCGGCGUGGACCAACGCGACGUUGGCUAUUAUGCCGUAA